AUGCUCAACUUUCGGAGGCUCUUCGUCUCCGCCGCCCUCUUGCUCGGGCUGAGCUUGGUGCUCUUCUCCCGCCACGCUGAGGCUGCCAAGGGCCCCAAGAUCACACACAAGGUCUACUUCGACAUUGAGCAUGGUGACGAGAGCAUGGGCCGUGUCGUCAUCGGUCUGUACGGCAAGACCGUCCCCAAGACCGUCGAGAACUUCCGUGCCCUUGCUACAGGCGAGAAGGGCUUCGGCUACGAGGGCUCUACCUUCCACCGUGUCAUCAAGGACUUCAUGAUCCAGGGCGGUGAUUUCACCAAGGGCGAUGGUACUGGUGGCAAGUCCAUCUACGGCGACCGCUUCGAGGACGAGAACUUCAAGCUCAAGCACUCCAAGAAGGGUCUCCUGUCCAUGGCCAACGCUGGAAAGGACACCAACGGCUCGCAGUUCUUCAUCACCACUGUUAUUACCUCAUGGCUGGAUGGCCGCCACGUCGUCUUCGGCGAGGUCCUCGAGGGAUACGACAUUGUUGACAAGAUCCAAAACGUCGACAAGUCCUCCGGCGAUCGCCCGACAAAGCCCGUGAAGAUUGUCAAGAGCGGCGAGCUGGAGGUCCCCCCAGAAGGUAUCCAUGUGGAACUCUAG